AUGAGCUCGAAGGAGAGACCCACUCUUGGUGGCACGCGGAUUAAGACCCGCAAACGGAAUAUUGCAGCGUCGCUGGACCCUGCAGCAUUUUCGGAUGCAGUGGUCCAGAUUUAUCUGGAAAAUGCUGGUGAUUUGGAACUUGUCGCUAAGAGCAUUGAAUCUUCAGAACUGAACUUCUCUAGAUACGGUGACACCUUUUUCGAGGUUGUUUUCACAGGAGGCCGUACUCAACCUGGCACAACAAAACCUGAUGAGGGGGAGCGACACCCUUACUCAUUUCUAGAUUGCGAGCCUAAGCGGGAGACUAUUCUUCCUUCUGUGAUUUAUAUACAGAAGAUUUUGCGCCGGAGGCCAUUUCUCAUAAAGAACCUUGAAAAUGUUAUGCGAAGGUUCCUUCAGUCGCUGGAACUCUGUGAAGAAGAUGAAAGGAAGAAGCUUGCAAUUUUCUCCGCACUUGCAUUCUCCCAGAAACUAUCUGGACUUCCACCAGAGACUGUCUUGCAACCACUGCUCAAGGAUAAUCUUGUGGCCAAAGGGAUAGUCCUUGCAUUUAUUACUGACUUCUUUAAGGAAUAUCUGCUAGACAACAGUCUUGAUGACCUGAUAUCCAUUUUGAAGAGGGCUAAAAUGGAAGACAGUCUUCUGGAAUUUUUCCCUUCUUCAAAGCGAACUGCUGAAGCUUUUUCUGAGCAUUUCACUAAGGAAGGGCUGGUUCAGCUAGUUGAGUAUAACGAGAAGAAAAUUUUUGAGGAAAAGCUGAAAGAGAUGAAGUCUGCUUUGACAACUUUGAUAGCUGAGGAGGCUGAUCAAUCAGAGGUCCUGGAGGUUGUGAAACAACGUGUUGCUGAUGCUAAACUACCUGAAAUUGAAGUUGUUCGGAUUCUGUGGGAUGUACUGAUGGAUGCUGUUCAAUGGUCUGGGAAGAAUCAGCAGCAGAAUGCUAAUGCUGCACUGCGCCAGGUGAGAACCUGGGCAAACCUGUUAAAUACCUACUGUACUAGUGGGAAACUCGAGCUGGAACUCCUCUACAAGGUGCAGAUGCAGUGCUAUGAGGAUGCUAAGCUCAUGAAAUUGUUCCCCGACAUAGUUAGGGCUCUCUAUGACCAGGAUGUGCUUGCUGAAGACACCAUUCUUCAUUGGUUCCGUAAAGGAACUAACCCAAAGGGCAGGCAAACCUUUGUGAAGUCACUAGAGCCAUUUGUGAAUUGGCUUGAAGAGGCCGAGGAAGAGGAAUAA